CUGGAAGCUCGCUCCACAACGAUCUGACAAUGAGCACGACACACCCACAUUCUCACCCUGGUUGCUCAUCUGCUGCUCACCAGGAUGAAGCCUUCGAGACGAGUAUCCAGUCUUGCGGGGUCGUUUCUCGCGUCCGUUCCGGAUGGCACUGUACACGACCUCUUAAACCCGACCCGGCUGUCCGGCUUAUUCAAUCACGUUUCACCCACUCGUUACCCAUUGUGCGCAAGACAGACUUCGCUUUUUUUCUGCACCACUGCCAAUCCGUUCUCCAAAGGUGGGUAUCACGUCCUCCGCCUCUUUCUCUUCUGUGGUCUUUCGCAGGGCCUGGUGUAUCGGUCUCUCCACCUCUGGUAGACCCGAUCAUGGCUAGCCGAGGCUGUUGGUUGCUGUUCCAGGAAAGUCGGAGAAGAACACUUGACAUCCCGCCAUGGUGAUGAUUCUGUACGGGGAUAAAGCUCUCAAUGUGUACCGGGCCAUUCAGCCACUUUUCGAAGCUCAGGUGGAUGUCGAGGAAGAGUUGAAAUUGGUGACGGUGAGCCUGAAGGCUGGCCAAUUCCGUCUUCCCAGCUACAAGGCGAAACAGCCCUUCGGAUUGAUUCCAUUCUUGGAGGAUGGCGACUUCACAGUUUUCGAGUCUCGAGCCAUAGCCAGAUACCUAGCUGAGAAGUACGAGGGCCAAAAUACGCCGCUUCUGGGCAAGACGCUGAAGGAGAGAGCGACCAUCAACCAGUGGGCGGAGAGUGAGGCCCAGAACUUCCAUCCUGCCAUAGCACCCAUGGUGCGAGAACUAUUUCUGGCACCAUUCGAGAAGCGGCCAGUAAACGAGGAGGUGAUGGAGACGGGAAUGAAUAAGCUAGACAAGGUGUUGGAUGUGUACGAGGUGCACCUAGCGAAGGGCACCAAGUAUAUGGCUGGGGACAACUUCUCCAUGGCCGACCUGUUUCACACCGUGUACAUGAACUGGAUGAAGUCGAGGUGGCCGCAGCUGCUGGAGAAGCGACCCCACCUGUCGGCUUGGAUCCACGACAUCACCACUCGCCCUGCAUUCCUUCGAUGCUUGCAACUUGAUUGGGAAAACGCCUCCCCAAUUGAGUGACACAUUGUCUCUUGUGCACCACUCCAGAGGCUCUGCAUGGUCCUCGGUUUGCCUUGGAAGGACUUUGAUGCCGCAGAAUGAAGUGGUUGGAGUGGAGGAGUGAAGCUGACGAACCCAAUGUGGUCGUAGCAUCAACCCAUGCCAGGAUAAUGUUCUUUCUUGUUGUUGUCUUAGGAAAAUCAAACUUUUUGCACAGCUCAGGACAAAGUACCGAAAAUGGUGUACACUUCAAGAAAAUCUACUUCCAAGCAUCAUCUACUAGAGAAUAAGGUAUAGUUUUAUGGGGACAACAAAUCCGGCCUGUAUUUUGGUAUCAAAUUACUGAUGAUUCUAAAAAGCAUGAAAAUAGUUUCCAAUGGAAAAAGUCUUCCUUUGACAUAAAAGCUGAUAGUUAUUUUUACAUUCACAUAAAAUAUCUAUAAAUUAUAGUAUUAGUUUUUGUUUGAAGUUAGUGAAGUGAAUUAUGGAUAAAAUUUGAGGACAGCUAUUUA